GAUGACCCACCGAUCAUGACUCUGGCUCCGACAGGCGAGGAGUCACCACGCUUGGUUUCCACGGAUACAGACUCCGACUUUGUCACCAUCGACCCAACGCCGUAGAAGACCUGGAUCGCCUUGACGACGGUCAAACCCUAACACCUACUACUUUGCCUAACGGCUUUGUUACGCGCUUUUCCUGCAUAGAUGGUGUCUGUGGUGACCAAAACAACAAGCUGCUGAAGUGGACACAAACGCCAAUGAGACUGAGUCUGUUGCCACCGACGGAGAUGACUCAGACUUCGCGGUCCCUCCUGUGGAACUGCCGCGGAGGAAACACCGCACAUGUGAGCGGGAAGACCGGAGGAAGGGCGACGGCUGGAACCUGACCAUGAUCCUGAACUGGACCAUCCUGCUGGCUCUCAUCAUCUCCAUCAGUAUCGCUAUUGGAGACGCACUGGGCUCCUCGCGAGAAAGCCACCUGGCAGCACAGCUGAAGAACAGGCAGGUGAAGCGGCUGAAGCUGAUGCAGGAUGAGCUCAUGUCCUGUCUGUACAAACUGGACGUUUCCACCGACCUUGUGCAGCAGACAACCAAGGAGUCCCAUGUUGCUUUACUUGACCAGCUAGGAGAAGACUUAGUCAGACUAAGAAAUCAGCUCAACGAAUCUCGACAAAGAUCACAAAAAUGGAAAAUUCAAGUGACCUCUCUAGAGACUGAGAAUGAAGACUUGAAAACAAAACUUGCCUCUGAAGAACAGUCCACGGAAGAAACUAACCAGGCCCUUGUCGAUCUCCAAGGUCAGAUUGAAGCUCUGGAAAGUGAGCGAAGCGACCUAGCAGGCAAACUGACCUCCCUGGAAACAGAGAAAGAAGAGGCAAAACGGCAGGCCGCAGAGGACACACAGAAUAAGGACACACAAAACACACAGCUGAGAGAUCAGCUGAGAGAUGCCACUCUGGAAAAUGCGGACCUGAAGCAGAAAAUGGCGGACUUGGUCACAGAACUGGAAGAACAACAGAAGGCAGAGCGAGAGCAAGAGGAGAGCCUACAGGAGAGGAUCCGGGCCCUGCAGAACAAACUGGUGAAUCUGGAACAACAGCUCAACGUAGAACGUACCCGCGCCAACAGGUGGCAGGAGCUGUACACCUCGCAACAGGAGAAGCAGAAGGAUCCUGGAAACGGCACGGGGCCUGAGUUCUUCUCCUGCAUCCAUGCCUUCAUCCCGUCCAUCAACGUUUCCGACUACACCGAGAAGUUUGGAGAGGAUGCUUUCCUCAACCUGACUCAGGAGCUGAGACAACAGUUUGAGCAGCUGAAGAACCACACACAGUCCGCAGACUUCUCCACCUACACAGAGCAGGUGAAGUCGGCCAUCAAGGCUCUGAAGGACACAGUGGCAGACACCAUCACAACGGUAACAUCAGAAGAGUUUGCCGAGGCAACAAAGGCCACCGUGGAAGGCGUAGGUGAGACCCUGAGAGACACCCUCGAGACCGUGCACAGCUAUUCUCAAGAGUUUCUGAACAGUCAGGACGACAACAUCGGGUCGGUGAAAAAAUCCAUGAAGGACAGCUUGAAGAAGGCUAAGAAGACGGUGGAAGAGAACCUCAAGAAAGCCGGCAAGACGGUCCAGGAAAACCUGAAGGACGUGAAGAAGUCUGUGAAAGAAUCCUGGAAGAAGAUGCGACAAGUGCUGGACACGGGAGUGAAGGAGACUCGGGGAUGGUGGCGGCAGAAGCAGAAGCAAGGACGGCAAGAGCAUCACCGCGGACAAGAUGAAGAGGUACGAGCCCCUCCCCCUAUUCAGCAGGAAACAGCAGACCCGUCCUGCAGCUAUGCAGAAAAACAGACGGCACCUUCACAGGGUAAGGAGGACAUUCUGGAACAGGAGGAGGCAAGGAAAAUGGAAGUCAAGAUCAUCCCUCCAGCCACCAUCACUGAAGUAAAACCAGUCAAAGUCACAACAAGGAAACAUGCACCGGAAGAGGACCUAGCAACAGUUCGACAGGCAACAGUGCAGAAGAAAGAAGAGGUAGAAGAAGAGCAGAAGAAAGAGAAAGUGGCAGAGAAGAUGGGCCCACACCUUCCCCGGAGAAGGGCAGAGGACGCUGACCGUCGGGAAGACGAGCCUCCACGGCAUGGCAGGAGGGGUCGCAAGGGUGAACCAGAUGGGGAUCCUGAGGAUGAUGGCGGCAACGACAGACCUCGGCGAUUCCGCCGACGGAGAGAUGAGGAAGACGACAGCGCGUCCGCCGGCCCCAGGCGACACGGGCAGGGCCGCGGGGACCCCGACGGAGAUGGCGACGACGCGGGCGUGGAGGUGGAUGUCGAAGGUCGUCACCGCGCUGGGCCACGCGUGGGCAGACGGCGUGAUGAUGAUGAUGAUUCAGACGACAAAAAGGGAAGAAAAUCCAGAGGACACGGUGACGAUGAUGAUGAUGAUAAGGAUGACAAAAUCAAUGCCUAUGACAAGUACCGACUGAAGCUCCGCGACAUCCUGGCAAAGAUCUGCCGACACGAUGACGAGAAGAAGGAGUGCUGGGCUGACUUCCUGGACGACUACGAAGACGGGGACUGGGACGAGGACGACGACUGGGAUCACGUGGAUCGCGACGUGAUCAAGGAGUUUGAGAGGAUCCACAGUCAGAUGAAGCAUCACCGGAAACUGGAGAAAGCCAGGGGGAAGACGGGCAGCCAGGACAGACCGCAGGCACACACAGAGCACAGUCCCAAGCACAAAGCUGGGGCUAGGAAAGGCAAGAAUGACAAGAAAACAGCCACAGUCAUUCCAGGCAAGAAGCAGUGUAAGGGACGGAAGUGCCAGGAUGCGCACGCAGACUGGGUCUUCAAGAGAGCAGAGCAGCGACAGCAGCAGAGGGGCAAACCGGACAACUGGUUCCUGCAUCGAGCUACCGGCCGCGAAGAAGAACGCUACGGUAAAACAACAUUCCCUCUGUACGACAGCCUCGCAAAGCGGGCACGAGCAAGGGACAGGCAGAGGACAAGAGGUUAAGUUAUAAACAUUAAAAGAGUUGACAAAAGUAGACUGUGAAAGAAACCUUUAGAAAUAAAGGGAAAAUGUGUUGCACAAGACCACAUGGCCAGUUCAGGCAAAAGACUGCAGAGCGUGACAAAUGUUACAUUUACAUUGGCAUAGAUUUAGAGUUUGUGUGUAUAUUUUAAAUGUUCCCAAACCAUGUCAGUUAUACUGGAAUCAUUAUACAGAUUAUUGUUCCUUUUUAAAUUAAGUUAAUUGAUAAGUGCUAUGACUUACUAAAUCACCAUCAUUCGAAAACCCAAAUGCAACAUAUCAUUGUCUUUUUUGUGGAAUGAGAGUCAAGUUACGUUGCAUGGUACAUGAAGCAUUAUCCAAACAAAAAUCUUGGUACAUAGAAUCUAAAAUUUUGUGAGAAUCAAAUACUGUCAAUGUAAAAUAAUAUACAUGAUUGUACAUGUAGACACUGACGAAAUUACUUUGAAUUUUAUUUCAUGUUUGCACCAUCUUUUGUAUGUAUUCAAAUUUCUAUGUACAAAAUCUUAUGUACAACAAUUUUUUUUGUUUGUGAAACAUGCCAUAUUUUUGGGCGUUUCUCGUUCUUAUUGCUUGAAUUACAAUCAAUACCUAGCACCUACCUACAUGUACCUUGUCCAUUGACUGACCAGGUUGCCAGUUUUCCUACAAUAAUACAAUCAAAACAUAAUAUGCAUAAUAAUUCAAAUGCACAGCAGUCGUAUGCAGAAAUAAAAGUGUGACUGAUUAAUAUAAUAUGUACAUAUUACAGAUGUACAUUGUAAAAGACCAGAGGUACUUAUAAAGUACAAUAAAUGUACUGACAAACAGUACAUUGACUGAACGGUUAGAAACUGUACAGUCACAUACACGUAAACUAUAUAAACUAGUCCAGAAUAAUACUUGUUUUCAAUUGAUAUUGCAUUACUCGAGAAGCUUUCUUUUCUUUCUUACCCCAUAAUUUGAAGUAGCCUACAAAGGUUGCGACAAUAUUUCAAUUACAGCAACCAGAAGUACAAAUACAAACAACUGAAACCAACUAUUAUGCAACUCUGGAACUGACAAUAACAAUGUGUGCAGUUUUCUGUUUGUUUUGUUUCUCUUAUUUAAAAUGCUAGGUUUAGAAAAAGUUGUUUUAAAUAUCAUAUUACUGUUGAGCAUGCAAGAUUAAACUCAAGAUGUUGAAAUCUUGUAAUCUUGACAUGGGAACAUGUUAUGGAGCUCUUACUAAGUUCUUACUAUAUCUUAAGUUAUGUGGCCUGAAGACAGUAGACUUGCACAUAGUUGCCAAUCCUUCUUUCAAGUGGGAUGUGGGUGUGGAAGUAUUCUGCACACUGGAAGGCAUUUAGAACAAGCAUUAUCCACACAUUAAGUGAACAAAUUACAGUAGCAAGGCUACUAUUUAAAGAGUGAAAUGUGUACUCCAGUAACACUUCAGAAGUGAAUCACACCAAGAAAGUUCAAUAUUUUCUCAGGCUACCUUAGGAGGUGCUAGCUGCUACAAACUUCAUGUUCUGGUGUGGAAGAAAAAAAUAAAGUACCUCAAUGACUGUU